AGACUUCCUGACUUCUACAUCUCUCCCCGGAGACUUGGUUAACCUGUGCACAUACUGAACAGUUAGAAAACGUUUGUGGAAUGUUGUUGAACGUCAAAAAUCGCUCUGUGCUCUGUAACCUCGGUUUUCUGAUAAAGAUGAUGAAUCACCACAGGAUAAUUUUAGCAUCCAGAGUCCAGAUUGCAAUCGGGUUUGCAACUUUCAAAACACGCAGAUUUCACCACCUCUGCCCCGAGGAAGCAGAAGAAGGAACGCAAGAAAAUUGACAGCUAUGCCUUCGGCCGCCAGCUUCCAAGUAGGCCAGAUGAUUAUUAAAAACACUCCUCAAGGGCGUCACUUCAAAAUGCAGUGGAGGCUGGGGCGAGUUGCGGAAUCCCCGCCAGCCCGCACCUUUGUUGCCGGCUCUCCGUCGGCGCAAGGCACGCCGGGACACCGCGGAGCCCAACCACCGUCACCAAGGCAACCAGCCUGCACGCCGUUGUCUUGGACACACAGGCGCCUCAGCGAGCCAAGCUGAGGGGCCGCCUCCGCCCGCACCCAGCUAGGAUGCUUCGCGGAGGCUAUAAGGCCUCUGAAAGGCGAAGACACUUGAGCGAGAGCCUCAGCUGGCACCAAGACCAGGCGCUAAGUAGCAGCAUCUACCUCCUGCGAGAGAUGGGCCCCACAGGCUUCCUGCUGAGGGAGGAGGAGCCGGAAAACAAGAAUUUCCGAGUUUUUCUAGGAAAUCCUCAUGUUUGUAACUGUUCCACAUUUCUGAAAGGAGGGGAACUUUGUAAGCAUAUCUGCUGGGUCUUGUUGAAAAAAUUCAAGCUUCCAAGGAACCAUGAAUCUGCUUUACAGAUGGGUCUUGUAGAAAGAGAGAUAGAUGACUUGCUUCGGGGGAUACAUCGAGCUCAAACUCCCCAACCAGGAACAAAUGACAAAAAUGAACAUGUUAAAGAAGAUGAAUACAUUAAACAGAAGGAAAUUGAUUCAGAGGAUAUCUGCUCUAUUUGUCAAGAGCUACUUUUAGAGAAAAAGCUUCCUGUCACCUUUUGUAGGUUUGGUUGUGGCAAUAGUAUUCAUAUAAAAUGCAUGAAGAUCUUAGCUAAUUAUCAGAAUACAUCAAACAUUUCCAUGUUGAAAUGUCCUCUGUGCAGGAAAGAGUUUGCACCAUUAAAACUUAUUUUGGAGGAAUUCAAAAAUGCUAGCAAACUUGUAACUGCAGCAGAGAAAGAGAGACUGGACAAACACCUUGGAAUUCCCUGUAAUAACUGCAAACAAUUUCCAAUUGAGGGGAAGUGUUAUAAGUGUACCGAAUGCAUAGAAUAUCACUUAUGCCAGGAAUGUUUUGAUAGCUGCUGCCAUCUUUCACACACAUUUACAUUUCGUAAGAAAAGAAACCAACAAUGGAGAUUACUAGAAAAAAGAGCAGAAGAAGUUGUACAAUACAUAGAUACUAAAAAUGAGAUAGAAGAAAAGAUACCACAUUUUCAAGAAAAGCAAAGCCAAGUUUACACACCAAAACACGUUGUAAGAUCACUGCCUCUCCGACUGAUUACUAAGAAUAGUAAGCUCCUUGCCCCAGGCUACCAGUGUCUACUUUGCUUGAAGGCAUUUCAUCUUGGUCAACAUAUAAGAUUGCUACCAUGUACUCACAAGUUUCACAGGAAAUGUAUUGACAAUUGGUUAUUCCACAAGUGCAAUUCAUGCCCUAUUGAUGGACAAGUUAUAUAUAACCCUUUAACUUGGAAACAUGCAGCAAUGAAGGGACAAGCACAUCAGUCUGUUUCAAACGGAGACAUCAUUCAUCUAUCAAAGCAAGAAGAACCAGAACUUUUUAUUCCUGGUACUGGAUUAGUCUUAAAACAAAAUAGACUUGGAAUUGUACCUAGCAUACCUCAGUGUAAUUUUGAUAAAUUGAAUACACUUCAAGGCCCAAAAGAUGCCUAUGAAAAUAUAAUAAUAGAUAAUCUAUGCUCUAUCAAAUUAGAUAAUUCAAGAAAAUUAACCUAUGAAUAUAAAAUUAGCCAACACUUCCCCAGAUAUCUUCAAGAUCUACCCACUGCAUCAUUUGGGAAAAUACCAUCUCAAACAUUUCUUCCUCCUAUUGUUCAUAAGAAUACUGUAUGUCCCACUGGAAUGAAAAGCCCAUGCAUCAGUGGAAAAUACCACACUAGUCAAAGCUGGAUGACCAAAGACUGUAAAUAUAAUAACCACAACCUACAGAAGACCCCUGGUACUAAAAUAAGAGGGAACAAGAAGAGAUCAACUUUACUUCCAGAGGAUUUCAAUCUUAUUGUCAAUUGGGACACAGCUAAAUUUAGUUUGUCUAAAAGAUAUAAUAACUCUAUGGGGGAAAUUAGACAAAAAUGUAGUCAUCUAUCAAGACAGCCUGUGUCUCAUUCUGUAAAUAUAAAAAGUGCUGAGCUAUCUUUAAUAAUAGAAGGAGUUCAAUUGUGAAAAAGUAUUUUUGUUUACUAUCAGAAAAUAUUUUAAUGUUGAAUAUAAAAAUGUUUUGUAUAGAACAUAAAAAGCACAUACACUCUUGACAAAUGUAUAUAAAAUUCUGUGUUGAGUUUGCCUACUUAUCUAUAAACAGCUCACUACACUUAAA